GGAAAAUCAACAAAGACUUCUGGACAAGCAACCACUUCCAUACUUUUUUUUUUACCAUUUGUAAAACAACUAAUACUGAAAGAUGGAGUUUUAUUUCCGAAUUGUACUACUUGCAUUUCUUUGUUUUGAAAAUGGAAUAUUCACCACCACUUCAAGAAGUGAUCAAGUUUUAUCCAUCAUUCCAGAAACAGAAGCUGAUGUUGAAAUUGUCAAGAAUAUAGCCAGACAAAACCAGACAGCACUUUGGCAUCCAGAUUCAUUUCACCAUAUUAAGCCACAUACAGAUGUCCACAUGUAUUUUAACAUUUCAAGUGUGGAAAGUGUAAAAGCGCUUCUAUCAACAAAUGGAAUCAAGCACAGUGUUCUGGUAGAAGAUGUCCAAGAGCUCAUAGAGGUUCAAACUAAGAAUAUAUCCACUGACCCACGGUCUUCAACUGGAUCCUUUUAUGAACAGUACCAUCCGCUGGAAGAAAUAUAUUCCUGGAUUGACAGAACAACCCAAUGGCGUCCUGACUUGGUGCAAACCAUUCUGAUUGGAUCAACAUUUGAGAAGCAUCCACUUUAUGUCCUAAAGUUGUCUGGAAAAGGAACAGGCCCCAAAAAAGCAAUGUGGAUGGACUGUGGGAUCCAUGCAAGGGAAUGGAUCUCCCCUACAUUUUGUAUCUGGUUUAUUCAGUAUCAUCUUCAGUUUUAUGACGUAAUCCAAAGCGUUACCAACACUUUGGACAAUAUGGAUAUCUAUGUUCUCCCUGUAAUGAAUCCAGAUGGAUAUUCGUUCACCUGGAAUGAGGAUCGAAUGUGGAGGAAAAAUCGCGCAAAAUACGAUGGAACAUUUUGCAUUGGGACAGACCUGAACAGGAAUUUUGAUGCAAACUGGUGCACUGAAGGAGCAUCAGCUAACCCUUGUGAUUCCACCUACUGUGGCCCCUUUCCAGAAUCUGAGCUAGAGACAAAAGCAGUGGCUCAGUUCCUUCGGAGGAAUAAACACACUAUAAAACUGUACAUCUCGAUCCACUCCUAUUCCCAGAUGUUGCUUUUCCCGUAUUCCUAUACCAUGAACAAGGCUGAAAACCACGAAAAGCUUAAUUAUGUUGCAUACUUGGCAACUACACAGAUGAGAAGACAUCACAAGACUAAUUUCGUCUAUGGUCCAGGGGCAAAGACAAUAUAUUUGGCACCGGGUGGCUCUGAUGACUGGGCUUACGAUUUGGGAAUUCCAUACUCUUAUACAUUUGAACUCCGUGAUAAAGGAAGAUACGGAUUUUUGCUUCCACCCAGCAUGAUUAAGCCAGCUUGCCUGGAGGUGCUCACUGCAAUACAGACUAUCACAAGUUAUGUGAUUGAUAAUGUUAAAUGAAAUGGUCAAAAAAGUUCAAUUGCUGAAAAAUAUCUCUUGUACUGCAAAAUGAUUUGUUCUGUCUUAUUUUAUUUAGUCUUUAACCUAACAUGAUGCAAGAUGCAUUCUGUGAGCUUAAAUAUUCUUUCUAUUCAACAUUAUAUAGCAAACUUUCAACUAAUAAAUACAGUCCUAUUGUCAUUUUACUGCAGAGAAACUGUGUUUUGAUAUUGUUUUGUAUUGCAUACAGUUUGUGAUCAUUUUAAGAAACCUUGCUUUGUUUUAUUUUUCUAAAUUCAGAAUUUGUAGGAUUUAUACAAACACUUCAUGCUAACCUGAACUUAAAAAAAUAACUGAUUGGCUACAACAUUGUAUUUACUUUAAACUGAAUUAUAUUGUUCCCGCUAUGUUGAUAGUUUGAGCUUUUGAAAUAUGAAUAGGUUGUACACAUUACUCAUUUAAACAUUAAUGCAAAAUGUUGGUUCAGCAAAUAGCUGCUUUCAAUUCUAACAAAGAUAAGCUGAGGGGUAAGAAACAUGUUAGUUUUAUAUUUGAUUCAUUUUAUCUUAUUUUUAGAUUGGUUUUAAUGCUAUUCGUUGAAAGGCUGUUAAUAUUUAAAUAGAUUUAUUAAUAUAAGAUAGUAACAAAGUACAGCAGUUAAAUUUGAGAUCAUUAGAACAAUGAUUCUGUACAGAUUUUGUAACAGAUCAUCACCCAGGAUUCUUAGCUAUUGUAGGAUAUGACUCACUCAACUAAUUGUGCAUUUAUUUACUGCACUUUUCCUUCCUAGGUCUAUUAACUAUGUAUUCUAUUUUCUUUGUAUUUACCUCAAGAGUGUUACCAUAAUGCCAUUUAAUAAAAUUAGAUGUCUACAA